UUCAUCCGCCGAUUCUCCCCCUUUCUCAGCUCUCUUCAUCCUCACUCCUCAGGGGAUAGGUAUACUUGAUGGAAGUGCUAAAGAAAAAACCAACAGUGUUUGAAGAUGAGAUGGUGAAAGAUGCUGGAACUGGGGAUUUUGAUGUGGAGGUUUCUGAGUCUGAAUCAGACUCACAAGAAGAUGAGGAUGUGAAGUUGGCUGAGCCUUCUAAGAACGCGAUAUACAACAGGGAUGGUCUGCUUGACAAACUUGGAGAUAUCAGCUGGCCCAAGAAUGUGGAGUGGAUACACAAGCUUUCUUUUGAUAUAGAUCAAGAGCAAGAGGUGGACGUGAAUGAUGACUUGACACGAGAGCUUGCUUUUUAUACACAAGCUUUGGAGGGUACCAGGCAGGCCUUUCUGAAGUUUCAGUCAAUGGAGCUUCCAUUCCUUCGGACUUCUGACUUCUAUGCUGAGAUGGUGAAAUCCGAUAAUCACAUGGAGAAAGUUAAGGGCAGGCUAUUAGCAGAAAAGAGAAGGAUUGAGGAGGCCGAGGAGAGAAGGAAGGCUAGGGAGAGCAAGAAAAUAGCUAAAGAAAUACAGUCACAGAAGCUCAAAGAAAGGGCUAAGCAGAAAAAGGAGGGGAUAGAAUCUGUGAAGAAGUGGAGGAAGCAGAGGCAGCAGAGUGGGUUUGCUGGGAUGGACAAAGAGGGUGACAUUAAUUUGCCUUUUGAAGAUGGAAAAGCAUUUGAGAGGUCAAACAAGAGGAGGCCAGGUGUUGCUCCUGGAGAUCGUUCCGGAGGGAAGGCGAGACAGGGUGGUGGAAAGAUGAAGAAAGGGUUCGAUAAAAAGAGGAAGGGUAAGGAAUCCAAGGAAUCGAAGUUUGGAUUUGGGGGGAGGAAAGGUUUAAAAAAGCAGAACACUGCUGAGACUACAAAUGAUUUAAGAGGAUUCAACAAUAAUGAUUUCUCUGGAAAAAAGAAGAGGAAGAGGUGAUACACUUUUGUUCGAUUGUUGUCUCGAGGCUCAUUUGAUUUCAGUAGCAGCAGAUACAGUACUACCUUAGGAUCUUAUAUUCUGUUAUGGUUGGUCUGUUGUAGCCUGUUAAGGUUUUUUCCCUUGAAAUUUAAACUAUGUAAACUUAAAACUCCUGAUAUUUCAUCCCAAUGGUGUUGACCUUGAACUGAGUUAAUGUUUUGGUGUAUGAGACACCCAUGAUGCUGAGUAUGCCUAGCCAUUCUUCUAUUUAUUAUUAUGUUUGCAGAACAUGGCUUUUUAAUACUUGUUACUUGCUACCUAGUAGAAGAGGUACCUUGUUGAUUUCUCAGUGAAAUG